AUGGGCGAAAUGAGUAUGGAUGUAAAGAAAAAGCCUCUCGUAAAGAGUCAAAAACUAGAGAAUGUGAGCUCCAUACAUAUCGCUUUACGAAAAUCUCCCGUUCUAGUUGCCAAUCCAUUUCUUCGUGUCUCAUAA